AGGGGUGCAGCCGUGUCCACGUGGCCUGCAGGAGCUGGAGAGAGGGAGAGGGUCAUUUACUCAUUUUGCACCCUUUGGUGGAACUCUGGGUUUCUAACUCUUUAAAGUUUGAGUGUGUGCAUAUAUAGUCCUGCGUCUGAAUUUGACUAAUAAAACUUGGGAUCCCUAGUACAGUUGUUAGUUGUUAGAGUUGACGUGUUUGUUUUCUUAACUUCCUAAGUAGAGGAACAGAAAAAGUACAUUGAAGGGCUGGGAAUUUAGCUCAGUGGUUCUGGCGCUUUUGGUAUCGGGGAUCGCCUUGACCCCGAGUUCGAUCCCUGGUUCCAAAAGCGCUGGAACCACUGAGCUAAACUCCCGGCCUUUUGAGUGGAAAAUUAAAAAACCCUUCAGUAGCAGCUUUAUACAGCUAAAAGUUAGUCUAGUAUGGGUUCUUGAGGACUACUGACUUCAUCAUGUGACAGUCCGUGUGACUUCAUUAGGUGGCAAGUCAUAUUUUGGUCUUUUCUUUAUAUGGGAAAAGCUUCAUAGUCAGAUUCUGACAAUGAUGUUAUCCAGAAUAUUCUCUACCUUGCAUAGUCUUACUGAGAAAGGUUGAGAAUUAGGGUUAAGCAUGUUCCACCGGAUGGAGCAAAUGUAUCACUUCCAUAACUGCAUGGAAAGAACCAACAGCAACCGGGGUAAACUCGGAUUCGAAAACCACCUGAGGUUGACAAACAAUUGAGAAGAGACAGCUUCUUGAAACUAUUACACUUAUCUACCAACCUUCCCCCAGCAACUGUUUGUCUUUGAAUAGGGGAAGAGAAAGGAAAUGAACAUUUUUGACCUCUACCUACAAUGUAUCAGGUAUUAAUCUGUACAAUCUCAUUGCAUGACCAAGGAAACUAAGAGGUUUUGGUGUUUUACCCAACCAAAGCCACACAAUCAGUGCUCUUCAGUAGACUUUCUAUCUUUCCUCUACUGUGGACAACAAUCAGCCUAACUGUAAAGUGUACGUGUUAUUUAAAAAUUUGAAUUAUCAUAAAGAAACUUUGAUAUUAUAUACAAAGUCCAAGAGCUCUGAAAAAUGUGUAACUCAUGCUUUUCUCUUUUUAUUCUUGCGAAAUACAAUCUUUCUUAGGUCCAACUGAGGAUUAAAGAAUUGAACAUUUUGAACUUCCUUCAUACAUCAGCCAGCUGGCGUGUUUUCCUAGCAAAACAUUUUCUGAUUUGACCACAGGCCCUCUCAAUCAGUCGUUACUGGUUUGAAUAAUAGAAAAUGCUGUCAUAGUGGGCACCUGAUCGUGAAAACUGAUAUCAGGAGUACAUUUUUAUUUGGAUUUAAAAUGUUUUUACAAUCCCAGUAUAAACACUGUUAAUCUAGUCAAAACCUUUUCUCACAGGAUCAAGGGCUUGCAUAGUUUUACUUUAACUACUUAUAGUCUACAGACUGAGAAUAAAUCGUAUAUUUACACUAGGCAGAAUCUUUAUUUUAAAUGGGAAGGAUGUCAUACUAAAAACAGUCUUAGGAAUUUUUGAGAUAAAAAAAUGUAGUUUGGAGACUCCGAACAACUGGAUUUAUUUAAUACCACUUGGACAUUUUCUGAGUGUAACCUUUGUGGGAUUUGGAAAGAAAACAUCCAGUUUUUGAUUCAGUGCUGGGAAAUUACAAAUCUGCCUUAGUAUUUGAGUUACAGAUUCAAAGUUUGAUAGUUACUGAUUUUUGGGGGUUAUUCAUUGAACUAGUUUCCUAGACUAUAGUUAAUUUUUGUAGUCAUGAUCUGAGGUUCCCAUCCUACAGAGAAUUAGGAUAAUUUUCUUAGUUGUCUCCAUAUGGAUAAGUAAAGAGCUCAUUAUUUUAAGACAGAUUGAACACCUUGUCAUAAAUUUGAAUAGUACAUAGCAAAUGUGGCAGAUUAUCACAAAAGAUAUAUACAUCUAAAGGGUCAAAUAUAUAGAAAAUAGCAUGUGAUUUGGUUAUGUUGAUUUCUUUGUAUUAUUCUUCACUGGGUAAAGAUGAUGUUCCAAUUUAGUUCCACUGAAUUAUGGUAAUGAAUUCUACACCAUUACCCACCCAUUUUUAAAUGCAAUUAAUGGAAAGAUCUUGGUGUUACCGGAAACUAAUAGUAUACUGAAGAAGCAUAACUAGAAGACAGCACAUGGGACAUUUCAUAAAAGCACGUAUAGACAGCACCGUGGAGAAUUCGAAGUCUCUCUCAGUGAUGUCCUGAUGACGUGGAAAUACUUCCUGCACGAGAAACUGAACUUAUCUGUUGAAAAUAUGGAGUUGGCUGACCACUAUGAGGACAUUAAGAAGACUUAUGAAGAUUUCUUGAAGAAUAGUAAUAUGCUAGAUCUGAUUGAUGUUUAUAAAAAAUGUGGAAUUUUGACUUCUAAUUCUGAAAAUAAAGACAUUUUAGCUCCUAUUCAACUGCGGGAUUUCCUAGUUGGCAAAGAGCGUGAAGUAGAAGAUGAAACCGGCCGUUUCACCCCGACAUCACCCACGAAACACACCCAGGAUGGUGAAAAGGUGAAGCUACUAGCGAAGACAAUUAUCUUUUCAUAUUUACACCUGCUAGUGAAUACUAAGAAUGACCUGGCCUUGGCUCAUAUUCUCAACAUUCCCGACCGAGGACUUGGAAGAGAAGCCUUCACCGAUUUGAAACAUACUGCUCGAGAGAAACAGAUGUCUAUCUUUUUGGUGGCCACAUCAUUUAUUAGAACGAUCGAGCUUGGAGGGAAAGGGUAUGCCCCCUCGCCCUCUGACCCUUUGAGGACACAUGUAAAGGGGUUAUCUAAUUUUAUUAAUUUCAUUGACAAACUGCACGAGAUUCUUGGAGAAAUACCAAACCCAAGCAUGGCAGGGGGUCGGAUACUGUCCGUAAUAAAGAUGCAGCUGAUUAAAGGCCAGAGCAGCGGGGAUUCCUUCUGUAAAGCAGUAGAGGAAGUCUCUCAGGAUUUGGAGUUGAGGAUUAAAAAUGUUGUCAAUUCUCAACAAGAGGAUGGAGCCUUUGGCACCAGUGACAUCAGCCCUGCGCGGCCAAAAUCUCAUGCCAUAAACCACGGCACUGCCUACUGUGGCAGAGACACUGUGCAGGCCUUACUGGUUCUUCUGGAUGAAGAAGCAGCCGAUGCGCCGACCCGAAACAAAGCAGAGCUGUUGUACAGCGACGGGAACACAGCCCAUCACGAUAGGCCUUCCAUCCUCACACUGUUCAGAUCUCCCGUACAAGAGGGUAGUUCAUCCAUGAAACCCCUGAGAGAACGCAUCAGUAACUCUGUGCAAGAGAAAAACAUUAAGAUGAAGCAAACCUUAAUUAGAUCCCAAUUUUCUUGCACGUAUAAAGAUGACUGCAUGAUAAGCAAAGAUAAAUGGAACAAUUUUAACUCCGAAUCAAAGCCUUCAUAUGUUCUUCACAUGGAAAAUGACCUUUCUGAGGGUGUAGAUUGGUCUGUUGAAAGACCAACAAUUGGAACACAUUCUGGAAAUGUUCAUCUGGACAGAAGUAAAAAUGACAAAGUAUCAAGAAAAUCAAAGAGUCAGACAGGAAAUAAAAGCUCAAAAAGGAAACAGAUGGAUUUGGAUGGUGAAAAUAUUCUCUGUGAUAAUGGACAUGAACCACCUCAACAGAAAAAUGUUAAGAUACCCAAAAUAUCAAACAGUUUGCAAAAGGAGCUGGAUGGUAGACCAGCCAGAGCAGCGAAAGGCAGUAAGUGUGCUGCCAACACCAAGUUGAUUACUGGGCAGACAAAGUUAACUCAGUUUUUUAUGCUAUGAUUUUAUCAUUUAUGUGCUUUAGAUUGACACAUUUAUGAAACCAUUCACCAAAAUUGUAUACUUAACUUCUAAAAGAUCAAGGUGUAAUAGCGAUUCUUUGUUACUUUGCUGUGAUGUGUAUGUAAGAUUCAUGUGUUGUUCAAAAAUACCACUUAGUCAUCAUUAUGCAGAAUUUUCAAAGUUUAAUGCACAGAAAAAGCUUAUCAUUUGGAUUACGAGUACAUCUUAACACAGCUUUCUUUUAAGGGAGAUGUUUAAAAUAAUAACACAAAUUACAAUAACACGAAGGGCUUUUCUCCUCAUUGGCAAUGAAAUGGUUUUGUUUCUUCUGAGAAGAUGAUGUGGACCAGCAGGUAUCAGACUUGCCAGCAAGGUCGGUAGACUCUGCCCAGCAUACACCUGAGCACUGAGGAAACAGAAUAAAUUGUUUAAAGGAUUAUAAUUACCAUACAAAACUAAGGGGAAAAAAUGGCUGUUAUAACUACCGAGUAACCAAAAUUACAAUAACUGGAUGCUUUGCUAGCCCAUAUUUUUGACAGGGGCCACUUAGUAUCAACUAGAAUUGAACCAUGGUCUUAUUUGAUUUCUUUAUGAUUAGAUCAAAACUCAUUUACACUCAAAGUUCUUUUAUGGUAUUGAGAUAUAAGAAUUGAGGUUUUAAAAGAUUACUCACUGUCAAAAUCUCUCCUUCCU